AUGGCCGACGGACUCCCAAGCCACGAGCAUGACGUUUAUCCCAUAGUCACAUACAGCCGUCGGCUCGGUGGUGGUACAGACUACAACGACUUGGAUGAGAGCCUUUCUUACUGGUCAACAGGCUGGUUCCGUUGGCGUAUCUUACCGACGACCAGCGCCUCAAGGGCCAGGUCCGCAAUGUCGCUGACUAUGUCCUAUCGCAUCAGCAGAACGGCGGAUGGCUGGGGCCGAUCGCCCGUGUGGUUGGGAUUGAGCCAGUUGGCAGAAGCGGAGGCGGGGACGGAGUUCGAGGGGAGGAUCCUGGAUGCGAUGCACAGAUACCACGGAACCGUUUCUGGGUCGAUCAUCGGCGACGAGCGGAUCUCCGGGCUGAGACCCGAACCCUUGCUGCACUGGACGCAGGUGAGAAUCAUCUGUGAGACCAAGUACCCGUUUACCCAGCGGCUGGUGUACACCGUCGACGCGGACGGGCCAUUCGACUUCUCCGUACGGAUCCCAGGAUGGUCAGCCUCCCUUACCGUCUCAGCUAAUGGAUCUCCUCUUCGUGGCGCAGCACCUAAUACACGGACCGGCAUGCUCAAGAUCCUCCUGGAUCAAGGCUCAUCAGCAGUCAUCGUAGCUCUGUCUGCAGAAGUCCACGUGCAACGCCGCGCUAACGACACCGUAGCCAUGUACUACGGUAACCUGCUCUACGCGAUUCAGUGCAAUACACACAAACCUCCCAGCCCGCUUAUCCGAGCCUUCCGGGCAACAUACGGGAUUAUGAGCUUCAUCCGCCCAGUUCCUGGGCCUACGCGACCGAUCCCUCUUCCCUAUGAUAUAAUGGGAUAA